CUCUGUAUGUCUCACCCCAAUACGUGCCCGUGUGCACAUUUACAUCGGAGCUUAAUGGCACGGUAGUAGCCGUUCUGUCCAGGACUCGUACGGAACAGGGCGCCCUGUUCUCAUAAGAGCUGUCCUCAGAUGCGUGGCGGCGUGGCAGGGACGGCACUGGAGAUGCUGGGCUGUGGUUCGUCCAGGGCUAGCUCCAGGGUGAGCAGGCUCCUGCUGGCACGCUUGACGAAAGCGGUCGCGCCGAUGUUGAAGACGGAGAGCAAGAGGCUUCGUUCCACGUCUUCGAUGCAGGGAUAUUCUGAACUAGCACGAGAGAGGUCCAAGACUGUCACGUCGUUUUACAACCAGUCUGCGAUCGACGCGUCUGCAGAGAAGGCCUCAGUGCGGCUGACUCCAGCUACCCUGCUAUAUGCUGGGAAGUCUCCAGAUGGACACCACAUUUUGAGCAGUGCUAAGUACUUGCACAAGGAGCUGCCUGUUCGCAUCGCCCAUCGCAUCAAGGGUUUCCGUAAUCUGCCUUUCAUCAUUGGUUGUAACCCCACCAUCCUGCAAGUGCAUGAACUCUACAUCAGAGCCUACCAUAUGCUCAGUGACUUUCCCCUGAUCAAGGACCAAGAAGUGGAGGCUCGCUUUAGUAAGCUGGUACAGCAGCUCCUGGAUGACCACAAAGACGUGGUCACGCUGCUUGCUGAAGGCUUCAGAGAGUGUCGCAAACACAUCCAGGAUGAAACCAUCAUCCGAAAUUUUCUGGACACCACUCUUUGCUCUCGUCUGGGAAUACGUAUGUUGGCCACACACCAUCUCGCCCUUCAUGGAGAAAAUCCCGAUUUUGUGGGGAUCAUCUGCAGGCGCCUCUCCCCAAAAAAGAGUAUUGAGAAGUGGGUUGACUUUGCAAGGCGUUUAUGUGAGCAUCAGUAUGGUAACUCGCCCAGAGUUAGGAUCAACGGCCACGUGGCAGCUCGUUUUCCUUUCAUCCCCCUGCCUCUGGAUUAUAUCCUGCCUGAGCUGCUCAAAAACGCAAUGAGGGCCACCAUGGAGAGCCACCUGGACACCCCAUACAAUGUGCCUGAUGUGGUAGUCACUAUUGCCAAUAACGACACUGACUUUGUUAUCAGGAUUUCAGACCGUGGUGGUGGUAUCCCUCACAAUAUAAUAAACAAGGUGAUGGACUAUCACUUCAGCACUGCUGAGGAAAGCGCCCAGGACCCCCGUAUGAGCAACCUCUUCAACAACAUCACCAACAGCGGUCCCCAGUCUGGCCCUAUGCAUGGGUUUGGCUUCGGUCUGCCUACGUCCAGGGCUUAUGCUGAAUACCUUGGUGGCUCUGUUUCCAUUCAGUCUAUGCAGGGCAUUGGCACUGACGUCUACUUGCGCCUGCGUCACAUCGAUGGCAAGGGAGAAAGCUUCCGUGUGUGAAGCACGCCUGCGGCUCAGCUUCAGAGACCCUGCAAAGGAACAAGACACUGAUUUGAUAAAGUUUCCCACCAGGAAACAAUGACCUUUCCAUAGCUAGUAUGGACUUCAAUAGUUCUCUGCCCACAAAAUGAUGGCUGACAUGUGAUUAGGAGGCUCCCAAAUUAUCGUAAACAUCCCCCUUUCUUGCCCCACACUCUUUGUAAGCAACGGCGGCUUUCUGUUAUCUGUUAUGAUUUAUACCUGUUGCAUGUCCUCAUGAAUUUGUAUGGAUUUUGUGAACUCUUGAAUGUUAGGCACUAGAAGAGAGGUGUGUGGUGGUAAGUACUUGUUUUAGUGAAGUAAGGAGUAAGAAAGGAGAGAAAAAGAAAUUCAGCCUUGAAGAACUUCAUUUGUUUAAACUUUCAGUUACUGGUUGCAUCACUUUUUAAAAAUGGGAAGAGCUCAGAUGAAGCUGGUGAGGAUGAAGAGCUCGGAUGAAGCUGGUGAGGAUGUCCCUUACACUCCAGUGGCCUUGCCUAAAGUUUUUUUUUUUUUUUUUUUGGGGGGGUCAAAGCCACACUGUUUCUAUAAUACUUUCAUAUGAUCAUAGUAUUACAGUACUCUAGCUACCUUAUAAAAUCUUGUGAGCUUGCUGUAGCACCUUGUUGUAUGAAAUAAGGGUUUAACAGCUUUGUUGAUGGCUCUAAAAAAAAAUAAGUAGAGAUACAUUUUGGUUUCCUUAUUUCCAAGCUUAUUAGCUUGUCAUAUAGUGCCAUUAUUCUCUACCAGGACUGCAGUACACCAAGCAUCGGAGAUAACUUGUCUGAUUUUACUUGACAUGGUGAUGCUGGGGUUGGUUACAAUGUGGUCACAACUUAAGUUGAACACAUUUACAAAACAAACUGCCAAACGACAGAAUGUCCGUUAAUCGUUUUUUUUCUGUCCCAAGAGUAAAGUUACACAGGGCUGAACAUUAGUGGAAGUCUUCGUUCAUCAUGACUUCCAGGAUGUUCUCAGGCAGGGUGAGGAGAAAAGAUGCCUUACUGUAUGAUGCUGGUCCUUCAGCUGUAGGCAGACUUUUACACACUUUAUCUUUGUGUUGCUUUGCAGCAGUUCACACACAUUUAUAAUACGCUUUGUUUUUGCAUCAAUCAUAGUGUUUCUAAACUUAAUAGCCACUUUCAGAGUAUGAUAUACUAGUAAUGGUAUGGAUUAUCUUCAGUUUUGCUUAUUUAUGUAACUGCUGUUGUUUUUAACAUAGUAACCUGUUCAUGUUUCAUGGUUUGUUUGGUUUUGUUUUUUUUGCCCACUUUGUACUUUUUUUUCUUAUCAGAUUACAUUCCGGGAGAGCUGACAUAGAUGGACCUGAAACCAUUAUCACUGGUGUAAAUUAAACACUUCCAAAGAAAGAAAGUCAGAAAAUUCUUCGUCACACCUCAAAUUGUUUCAUCACCAGCGCUCUCCGAGACCGUGUAGAUCACUCCCCAACCAGGCCUGCUGUCUGUUAGUCACCCAACUGCUCGAAUUCACUUUCUUUUGAAGUGAAACGGUGUGCAGUAACUUUUGAGCAAGGCUAGGAAAUUGAAAACCUCGAGUUGUUUUAAUCCUGGUAUGAAAUAUAAUCUCUCAGAAAACACAAGAUAUUGUGAAGAACAGGCUCUCAAAGUUCCUCAGUUUUCAUCUUUUCCACUGAGAAUCAUUGCUUUCUAAUUAUCAAUGUUCUUAAUAGACUGAGAUGUUAAAAACUAAUGAGUCAAAAACAAUUUUGGAUUUGAUGGACUAUAAAGAACUCUAAAAUGAAAAUAUGUAGGGCCCCCACAUGAAGUGGUGGUUGAUGGUGCUGGAGAUGUUCUGAGCAGGUUUCACCACAGGGACUCUGCACACCAGAGUGUUCCUUGUGCCUUCUAUGGGGUCUGUAAAUAACGGGGUUAUUCCUCAUGAUACUUUUCUAGAAAAGCAUCAUGAGGAAUAAACACCACCCAUUAGCCAACGGACUGGUUUUGCUUUCACUACCAAGACCCUUUAGCAGAUGAGCAGCUCUCAUUUUGGAGAUGUCUUCAGGCUGACAGUCUGACAGGUUAAAAUAACUUACAGUGACUAUAUGACAAGCAUGGCUUUGGGAGGAAACUAUUUUAACUCCAGAAGCAUUUAAUGUACAGUCUGUUCUCUGCUGACCUGAAAGAAAAAUGUAGACAGACUUUAAAAAAAUCUACAUCAUCCAUCUUGGUACAUUAAGAUUGUAAAACUGUUACAGUGUAUUUCCACAUUAUUUUUGAAACGUAAAGAGAAGAUUAAACAUUUUAGUAGACUGGGGUAUUGGAAGUGUUUGUGAUGAAUUUUUCAACUGAAGGGAAAUGUUAAUACAAAUUCCUUUUACUGUCAAACUAUUGGACUGUUACGGACAUGGAGGUGCUGACAUAGAUAAUUGGUCAAUUUUUUUAUUUUUAUUUUAUUUUAUUUUUUUUACUUGGUUUCUUCCAGGUAUUUCACUUUGGAUUUAGAAAUUUUUUAGUCGUCAAUAAACUCACCAUGGUUGGAAUGGAGAUGUUUUCUUAUAAAUGCAACUUUUGUCUCAAAUGAGUUUUCAUGGUCAUACAAAAUAAAUUUAGUUCAA